GUAGAACUUUCCAGUCUUGUGAAAAGAUACGGGAAUAUUUGCUGUGAAAUUCUGAAAUCUGGUUUGGCGAAGUGUUGUCAUUCAGGAGAGGGGUAUCAGGCAGUACACCUCUAGUAGUGGUUUAUCUUGGCAUGCUAAAGUCCAGUUUGCACGAUGUCAAGAAAAUAUGGGAUGUAUCAAAUCAAAAACGAAAGACCCAACAUCUUCGGUUGAAAACGAUUUCAAGAACUAUCCAGUACGUAAAUCUGAACGAACUAUUUAUGUACCAGACCCAACGUCCAAUAAGCAGCAAAGGCCACCACAAAAUGCAGGAAGUCUAUUACCUGGGCAAAGGCUUCAAAAUACAGCAGCCGCAGAGGAGUCUGGGAAUAUAGUGGUAGCUUUAUAUCCGUAUCAAGGGAUCCAUCAAGAUGACUUAUCUUUUAAGAAAGGAGAAAAAAUGAAAAUACUUGAAGAACAUGGAGAAUGGUGGAAAGCAAAGUCCUUAUCCACCAAAAAAGAAGGAUACAUUCCGAGCAACUACGUAGCCAAAGUUAACACGCUAGAGACAGAAGAAUGGUUUUUCAAAGACAUAACAAGAAAAGAUGCAGAAAGACAGCUAUUGGCCCCAGGGAAUUCUCCCGGGGCAUUUCUCAUCAGAGAGAGCGAAACCCUCAAAGGUAGCUACUCCUUGUCAAUAAGGGACUUUGAUGCAAAGAAUGGUGAUGUCAUCAAGCACUACAAAAUCCGGACUCUUGACAAUGGCGGAUUUUAUAUUUCCCCCAGGAUUACAUUCCCGUGCAUCAGUGACAUGAUCCAGCAUUACCAAAAACAAGCAGAUGGCUUGUGCAGGAAAUUGGACAAACCGUGUUAUAGCCCUAAACCACAAAAACCAUGGGAUAAAGAUGCUUGGGAAAUUCCUAGAGAAUCUAUUAAACUAGUGAAGAAACUUGGCGCUGGACAGUUUGGUGAAGUCUGGAUGGGUUUCUACAAUAACAAUCAAAAAAUCGCAGUUAAAACCCUCAAGCCAGGAUCCAUGUCCGGAGAAGCAUUCAUGGAGGAAGCCAACUUGAUGAAGACGCUCCAGCAUGACAAACUAGUGAGACUUUAUGCCGUGGUCACCAAAGAUGAACCCAUUUAUAUUAUUACUGAAUAUAUGGCAAAGGGAAGCCUGCUAGAUUUCCUCAAGAGUGAUGAAGGGUCUAAAGUAAUUCUUCCGAAGCUGAUUGACUUCUCUGCACAGAUUGCAGAAGGUAUGGCCUACAUAGAAAGAAAGAAUUACAUCCACCGUGAUCUGAGGGCAGCCAACGUGCUGGUUUCUGAGUCUCUAACGUGCAAAAUAGCGGACUUUGGUCUGGCCCGAGUUAUUGAAGAUAAUGAAUAUACAGCAAGAGAAGGAGCUAAAUUCCCUAUCAAAUGGACAUCCCCAGAAGCGAUCAACUUUGGCUCAUUCACUAUAAAGUCAGAUGUGUGGUCAUUUGGAAUCCUGCUGUAUGAAAUUAUAACAUAUGGAAAGAUACCAUAUCCAGGGAUGAGCAAUGCAGAUGUGAUGUCUGCCCUCCAGCGCGGUUAUCGAUUGCCACGCGUAGAAAGCUGCCCUGAAGAACUGUACGAGAUCAUGAAACAAUGCUGGAGGGAGAAAGCUGAAGAGAGGCCCACAUUCGACUACUUGCAAAGUGUCUUGGAUGACUUCUACACAGCAACAGAAGUACAAUAUCAACAGCAGCCAUAGAACAUGGACACGUCCUCUAGUUACUGUGUGCAGAUACUGAUGGCGCGGGCUGGAGAUUCCCUCCCUUGCUGUACACCCGCCUCCAGGAGCGAACUGUUCUUUUACAAUGACUUGUCUGGUCUCUGAAGCUUUAGAGGGUACAAGGGUGUCUGCGACCGUCGGCAUCAGAUUCUUACACUGUGUGUAAAUAAUGGACUAUGUUUCUUUUUUUCUCCCUGUAUUUAAUAUAUA